AGAUGGAUAAACUGACCAUCAUCUCAGGAUGUCUCUUUCUCGCCGCCGAUAUCUUCGCAAUCGCCAGCAUCGCCAACCCCGACUGGAUCAACACCGGGGAGUCCGCGGGAGCACUCACUGUGGGCCUUGUGCGACAGUGUCAAACAAUCCAUGGACGAGACCGAACGUGCAUCCCACCUCGGCUUCCUCCAGAGUGGGUCACCACACUAUUUUUUAUCAUCAUGGGAAUCAUUUCAUUGACUGUUACAUGUGGUUUGCUGGUGGCUUCCCACUGGCGAAGAGAAGCUACAAAAUAUGCUCGAUGGAUAGCAUUCACUGGAAUGAUCCUUUUCUGUAUGGCUGCCCUAAUAUUUCCAAUAGGAUUUUACAUCAAUGAAGUCGGAGGUCAACCUUAUAAAUUACCCAACAACACAGUAGUUGGGUCAUCAUAUGUACUUUUUGUCUUAUCAAUUUUCUUUACAAUAGUAGGACUUCUAUUUGCUGGCAAAGUUUGUUUACCAGGCUGAUGAAUAUCUAAUUUGCUUGACUAUUUUUAUUGUUUUAAAUUUUAUUUUAUUUUUUUAGUUUUGGAGGGUGGGGAAGACAAAGGCAAGGCAUCUGAGUAGUCCUCGCUUAGGAAGAUACUUAGAUGAAACUGAUGCUGAAAAGAAAAUACUUUGAUUAGUUUUCACUAUGCACUUUGGAUUUAAAAAAAAUUGAGAGCCUUUUUCAUAACCAAAUACAGACAAUGUUGACUAAGUCUCCUGAGCACAUAUUCAGGCAGUCAAAUCUGCACUGUGAUAGCAGCCUAGUGAAGGAGAAUACUUUCUACUGAAAAGCACGGGGCCCUAUGACUCUUGUUCCGUUGUUAACGUCUAAUGAUUCAUUUGAGGGGGGAAAAAUUCUAAGUAUUUAUGAAUCACAGUGGACCAGAGGGAUGCAAGAGAAGUUUCUGUGGGGCUGGCCUCACUUUCUAAGAAACUAGUAUUCACAGCUUCCUUGUAAGUAGUAUGAGGCGCCAGAAGGGAUUGCUGUUGUGAUACUGCACCGAGAAGCCAAUAGAUCAAAACUUGUUUGCUAAAAUGUAUGUAAAAAUUCUGAAAUUCCCUGUUCUCUGUGUAUAAAAAAAAUCAAACACUAAGAAACAUGUUGCUGGGGUGGGUGGGGGAAAUGUUCAUUAUAUUUAUAUAAAUAUAUAUAAUAUAUAUUUUGUGAUGCAGUAUACAGUGUGUAUAUAUGUGUGUGUGUGUGUGUGUAAAUUUGUAUACACACAUGCAAACAGUUUCUGGAAGAGAACUCUGAAUGCUUUGCUAGCAAAACACUGUGGUGUGCAAACCUAGAACUCAAUUUAAAAAAGCCAUUUAUCUGAAGGCUGUAGAGUGGAGAGAGUCUUCAGUUUACCUCAUUCUUUGUAACAGCCCUUGAUUUUAACAGGUUUUUGUAAUAGGUACAAAUAAUCCCAUAUCUUUCUAGGUGCAAUUUUAAGUUAAGCUAAAAUUCUUUGUAGCGUUAAUUUAUUUGUAUAUGAUAGUAGAAAGUAAGAUCAUGUAAUUUGGGGAAUUUGACACUAUUUAAAUUAUUGGCAACUGUUAUCUGUUGUACAGAGGUUCUUUUUUUACUGGCUGACUCUGUUACAUUAAUAAUGCAUUUUCUGUGUUCAUACAUACAACUUUACAUAAAUACAAAGUCCACUAGUAAUAUUAAUUUACAAUAUUUACAAUACCAAUAUCACUCUGCUCUAAAAUUAAAUUUAUGUUAUUUUUAUCCAUAAGCAUUAUUCAUACAUCUCCUUUACCGAAAAUCUGAGUGAUACAGUAUUUUCUUUAUAUGCCAUACACCUUUGUCUGGGAGCAGCUAACAUUUUUGCGUUUACUUUAAAGGACCGUACUCUACCUACAGCUUUAUCUUUUUUUCCUAAAAGAAGCACUACAGCUAACCCUUGAAUCCACAGAUAGUUUUAAAACACAGUAUUUCUCUUCUCCACCUUUCCGUGCCUUCAUGUCUCAGUGCUUAGUUUUUCCAGGUGUACACUAUAGAUCAUCUCUUGUUUCAAAUGUGGGGCAGGAGAGGUCUUUCAUGUCAGUGAAAGUAAGUUUUCAUGGCAGUGGAGCUAAGUUUUUCUUCUGUAUAGUGAAAUGGCACCCCAAAUGUCCGUCAGUAGAGUCCUGGAUAGUCCAUCUAUUAUAUAGUACAGCUUCACACCAACAAAUGAAUGCAUUGUUUUUUAAAAACCUAGAUUAUACAUUAGAGAAUGAUUGCAACGGAGUUGGGGCUACCUCCUCAAUUAUUCAAAAUAAAAUGGGGGAACCUGAUGUUUUCUUUCCAUGCUGGCUUGUUUAAUGUUUAUGUAUCUCACUGUUAAUUCAUCAGUAUUUUAUUGUGGAAGAAAACCCCAGUGUUGCAGCUCACUCAGGAGUGGGGAUAAGAGGUAGGCCACCACUAUGAUGCAUUCCUUGAGUGGUACCAGUGAAUGUCACACAUUUUCUUCCAGUAUCAAAGAAACUUUAGAAGAUGCUUAAAGUGGAUUCUUUCCCCCUAAGUGUUGUCUAGUCAGUUGGACAUUUGGGAUUGCCAUUCCCAGGGGAAUCUGAUUAGUCCUCAGUCACAAUGGAUCACUUUGAAGGAAAGCUAUCAUUGUCAUCAUUAUACCAGACAUAAAGUGUUAGCAAAGUAUGUUUCAAAUUAAUUUAUAUAACCAAGAGCUUUUCUCUUCCAAAAGAUGAAUUUUAUUGUAAAUAGUCUCAAAAUAUUUUUAACUGGAUCAUGAGCAUGGGGAGAGAGAGUUUCUCAGCUGCUAAGAACUUCCCCACUGUUUACUUCUUUCACUUACAGUGGUAUUGCAAGAUGACAAAAUUUAAGGUUUUAUUUGUAUCUAUUAUCCAAACCAUCAAAUUGUCUUUAAUUUCAUCAUCAUCUUGGAGGUCCAGUACAUUAAAGGACUGAUGAGGGAAAUUCUAACCAGUCAGCCCAGGGUUAAAACUGUCCCAUCAAGUAGUGUAUGAAGUCAAAUCUUUGUACUCUUCCAGACCAAACAUUGAAAUGGACUUAUUCAUAUAAAAUUCUAUACAUCCUGUAAGUGAAAAGACACAACUAUCAGCAGUUGCUUUAAAAAGGUCACUAUAGUAAGUACUAUAUAGUACAGUAUUAAUUUAUAGCAGGAAAUCGUAGCUUGUAAACUGUAUAUAAAACACUUUUACAGUGCAAUCAUUUGUCAAACUUUUGUCUGUUACAUUGUUUUUAGAGUGUGCAUUAUUCUCAUACCUAAGAACAUCACUGUAAAAUCUGCUGAAAACUAGUUGUAGAUUUUAUUUGCACAGGACUUAGUUUGAAAAUUUUGGAAGCUCCUAUUACAUAUGCCUAAACAUCUGUAAACAUGGAAAAUCUUCAGUUCAUUUUUAAAAAUUUUCAGUAUAAUCCUUUCCAAAGGUAAUCCAUGUUCUAUGUUGUUAAUGUGUGUAUGUAAUUUUUCUGACUCUUCUACUUCUUAUAAACUUAUUUUCUGUUCCAUUUGUUUUGUUUUUGAAGGAUGGCUCUUUUUUUAAAUGUUCUUGAUGACCAAACACUUCAUUAAUUUUUACUCUUUUGCCGAAAGCUUUGGUAUUUCUACUUGAUGUUCUGUGAAUUCACUGUUUAAUUUCUUUAGUAUAAUAAUAAUUAGUCCUGGUGACAUACAAUCUAUUGAUUUAGAGGAAAGGCCCUGAAAAGUAUUGGAAACUAACUCUGCAUAUAUGCUUAGCUAUUAUUUUGCAUCGUGGGCUUCAUAGGAAGAACAUGUUACAUUUAUUCUGUCUUUAUUAAAAGACUACUAGCCACAGUUACUCUGAUUGUAGUAACUGUUUAUCAACCCAUUUAAUCUUCUAAAAAUUGAAAUUACUUUCACAAUACAAAACAGUAAGUUGUCUUUUAGAGCUGAUUUUUGAAGGAUAAAAGUAUAUGAAGGAAGAAAGUGGCCUGUGUAGGUUGGAUUCCCUACACAGAAUUUAGUAGUUGUAUCACCUCAAGAGAUUUUGAAGUUUGUGAUCAAGGUCUGUAUAUUGCCCUAAACUUUUAAGAGUUGUUUUCUAAUUGGUUAUAACAUUUUUCAAUUAAUAGUUUCAAAACAAAUUGUUAAUACGAACUGUAUAAAAUAAACAUAAUUUUCUUCACUUGUAUUUUUGUUAUGGAGCAAGUUUAUCAAAAUAAAUUGUCUAC